AUGAUAUCAACAGACGAGAGGCUAUUACAUGCAGCUAAGCAGGAUGAUGAGAAUUUGCUAGAUGAGGUUUUUGAGGAGGCAGACAAAGUUGGAGAAAGUGGAACACCGUUUGAUAUAAACUACAAGGAUGGAUUGGGUAACACUGCGUUACAUUAUGCAGUGAAGAACACUUCAAUAAGUGUUUUGGAUGGAUUGCUUACGUUUGAUAAUGCGGAUGUCGAUCCACAGAACAGGAUUGAAGGUGACACGCCGUUGCACGUACUGAUGCGUGACGAUAAGAUGGAUAGAAGGGCUAGAGAGUAUAUAUUAACUGAGCUUAUCGAGGCUGGUGCAAACUUCAACGUGAAAAAUAAGCACGAUCAGAAACCAUUGGAUGUUUUGAGUGGAGUGGAUAACUCAAAUGACUGGAUCAGAGAGGCUUAUAAGGAAUCUCAAGUACAAAAGGUUAUGGAUGAUGAGGAUGUUGUGGAUGACGACGAUGUGGCUGAUAGCACAGGGAGUGGGAGUGGAAGUGAGAGUGGGAGUGGGAGUGAGCCUGAUGAGCCUGUUGAGACUACCAAGAAUACAUAA